AUGGAUUGGGAGCUGAUGACGAUGGCGAGUCUCCAUCUGACAGCGACCGAGCAUCGCUACUACGGUGACAUAUUCAUAUAUUGCUGCGAAAAUGCGGACAGUGAUAGCGUGCCCGUUAUCAAAGUCGCCGAGUUGUUGCGCUCGGCUAAUUUACCCAGGGAUGUCACAAUGAAGAUAUUGGACAUUUGUAUGGGAACUAAAAAUAACACACAUCUAGGCAAGAAGCAAUUUUAUGCGGUAUUAAAACUGAUAGCGGUUCAUCAGGCUGGCUUAGAAAUCUCUAGAGACAUGAUAACUGGAUCUUCGGAUGUUAUUACUUUACCAAGAUUUACGUGGCCAACCUCCGGUGAUGAGGAUGGCAGAAGGAGUUUAGAUUUAACUAGAGGAAUAAAAGGUAGACAUCAUCCUCCAGAAAGUACUACAGAAAGUGAAAGUGAAGCAGAAUCUCCACGCGAGACUGGUGGCAGCACAGAUUCUCCUACGCCAACAAACAGUGUGACUCAAGAAAGAAAUGAUGGUAUAUUGGGUGGUGAGACGAUUCUCGAUUCUGUUUCUGGAGGUUGGCAAGGUUUAUUGGUUUCGGAAGAGCAGAGACAACUGUUGGGUACAGAGGAGGAGAGUUCAGAACGUCAUAGCAGUGACGAAGGUGAAGGGGAAGGCGAUGGUUCAGGUUUCCCGCCGGAAGAAGUAUGGAUUAUCAGUGAUGAGCAACGUGAUUAUUAUGCUGCGCAAUUUGCACAGCUGCAACCUGAUCCUGAAGGUCUUCUAGCAGGACCUGUGGCCAGAACAUUUUUUGAAAAAUCGCGACUUCCUGUUUCCGAGUUAAGACGUAUUUGGCAGCUUGCAGAUGUCACGAGGGACGGAGCACUCAGUUUACAAGAAUUUUAUGUGGCUAUGCAUCUUGUUGUACUGAGGAGAAAUCAUGUGCCUCUACCGGACGUUUUACCUCCGUCCUUGUCAAUUCCAUUAGUCAUGCAAACAACUGCCGCAUCACAAAUCCCAUUGGCAACAACAGUUCAAAAAUCACCGCCGAAUUCCGCGAAUGCUCGUGAAAAGAAUAGGGAAUGGACUAAAUUUGUAGAUUCACCGACUGGAGCGAGUAGUUCGGUUACCAGCCCAGGAUUGCAGCUAGUUAGUUUCGAUUUCCAAAAAUCAGCCGUCGAACGAGAUCCGAAAAUUUUGCAUCCAGUGCCGUUGCGAUUAACACCCGAAGCAGCAAUUCUCGCUUCUGGCGCUAAUGGCAGCAGUAGCAGUUGUACUACCUUAGUAGAUGAUGAUUUGCAACAUUCUGCAGCAUCAUUAGUGCAACGACCUCUUACAAAGAAACCCUCUGCUGCUCCUGAAGAUGCCGUAAUCGUGACUCCCAAGAAGGAACCACCGCCUCCACCACCACCCAGACCAUAUAGAACACAUGCGCGCAGUUCUAGUCUCGAUCUUAAUAAAUUAGGUAAAAAUGGUCAAAGUUUUCUUGGGGCACCACCAUUAGUACCACCUAGAAUCUCACCAGGAAUCACUUCGCCUCGUAAAUUGGUCGGACAGAGAAGCGAAGGCGAGGGACAAAGAACAUUAAGUGAAAGUCAAGGUUUUGUUGCAGACUUCUCUCAUUUUUCACCCAAGAGUGAACUACCUGAGACUACAAUACUAUCUAUAGAAAAUACAGUGCCACAAUCUCAACAAUUUACUGGAGUUUGCGGAGCGUUUCAUAUUUAUAGAAAACCCAGUCCAAAACGAGAUGGUGGCGAAGAAGAUAAUAAAGACGAAUCAGAAGACGGGAAACAAUUAACCUUGCAAGAAUUAAGGGAGAAAAAUGCUGAAUUACGCUUAGUCUGUGAAGAACUGACACGGGAAUUAGCCAGCGCACUCCAAGAACGUAUAAAUCUGCGUGCUAAGCUCCUGCUCUUGACUUGAUGUGAUUAUUAUUCGCUUUCAUUCAUUCGAUCAAAGCCACAUGAGGUAUUAUAUUAUAUAUAUCCUCAAUUCAUUGUAAACAUAUGUAUUUAAUAUGUUAUGCUCUAGUCUAAAAUUAUUCUUUUCCCAACGAUAUAUUCAUCCAUAUUCAUAAUAAUCAAUGUAGGUGGAUAAAUAUGGCAAGGAAAAUUCACAAAAAAGAUUAUUUCUAGAUAUU